ACUCCAAAAAACAGUUUAUGUUUUUCUAUUUUUUAUUUUGUAUUUUUGUAUUUUAUAAAAGAACAAACCCGUAAACUGUUAUUCUCUUUUCCUGCCAUUUAUUUUCGUUUUUCUUUCCCUGCCCCUGAUUAACUAAUGAUGCAAUCCGGUUUCGUCUCUCUUGCACAGAGCAGGGAGAAAUCAAGGAGACAUUGUUUCUAGAUUCGCAGGUAGAUGGCCACUCAGCUCCAGGAGGCCAUGCACAUAAUCUCCUGCUUCCUCUCUCAUUUUCUUAUUCAUUUUUAAUCCUUUUCUUUUUUCCAUGCACUUGAUGUUCUUCUCUUGGUUUUGUUACGUCACACCAUGCGCAAAUUUGAUCAGGGUGAGAGAUAGCAAUUAAUAAAAUAUGGGAGACUCACCGGAGAAGAAAUCAGGUUGCGGCAUCUUGAGUGCUGUUUUUGGGCGGAAUAGUUUCUGGCCGAGAAGAACAACUUCUACGGGUUCUCUUCCGGUAUCCAACAACAACAAUGCCACGUUAGUUAAAACACCAAGCACUCCCAAUUCCAAACGGCGUCGUGGUGGCUCCGAUGAGGCUUCCUUCCUUGAUUCAUCAAACAAUGUACCAUCAGAUUCAUCGAAACCGAUCACGAAGCCUUCCCAGUCUAGUAAUAGGGCACCCCCUAUACAACAGCAGCAGCAGCAGCAACAACAACAACAACACCACCAACACCACCAACAAAAAAUGGCGCCAAGCCAAGGUUAUGUGAACCAAGGCCGAAGGGUUCCAAAGGAGGCGGUGGGCAUAUCUGGGGAGCUUGAGAGCAUGAUUGCUGAUCAUCAAAAAUCAAAAGGGAGUAGUAGCCUUGUUAGGGCUUCAUCCAGCAAUGUUAUGCUUUUCGGAAAUUUGGGUAACUUGAGACAACCUGGUGGUGGUGGUGGUGGAGGUGGCGAAAAUGCAAGCCCGUAUAAUGUUCUUGAUUAUCUUCCAAGGACUGCUAGGGAGGACGCUCCAAUGCCGACUCAUGUAAACAUGGGGAAGACAAGUACUGCUAGGGAAGAGAAGAGACAAAGUGAGCCGGAACCACCUGCUUCCUUAUGUCGCGCAUUGUCUACUAGAAUGGACCCCGAAACAUUGAAGAUCAUGGGCAAUGAAGAUUACAAGAACGGAAGAUUUGCAGAAGCAUUGGCUUUGUAUGAUGCUGCAAUUUCUAUUGACCCCAAUAAGGCUUCUUAUAGGAGCAACAAGAGUGCUGCAUUAACCGCUCUAGGUGAAAUUCUUGAGGCAAUUUUUGAGUGUAGAGAAGCCAUUCGGAUAGAACCCCACUAUCAUAGGGCUCAUCAUCGUCUGGCAACAUUAUAUCUUAGAUUAGGGGAAGCAGAAAAAGCUUUGUAUCACUACAAGCAUGCUGGACCAGAGGCUGAUCAAGAGGACAUUGCUAAAGUAAAAACUCUUCAGGCCUGCCUGAACAAGUGCACAGAGGCUCGUAGGUUAAGAGAUUGGAACACCCUCAUAAAGGAAUCCCAAAGCGUUAUAUUAGCCGGUGCAGAUUCAGCGCCCCAGAUAUAUGCUUUGCAAGCGGAGGCCUUGUUGAAGCUCAAUAGGCACAAGGAAGCAGAUGAAGCAUUAUCCAGGGGUCCAAAUUUUGAUGUUGAUGCCUGCAACAAAUUCUUUGGCCCAAUUGGUAACGCGAAUUUGUUAGCAACACGAGCUCAGGUGGACAUGGUUGCUGGCAGAUUGGAUGAUGCAUUAGAGGCAGCUCAACGAGCAUCACAGCUUGACUCAAACAACAGGGAAGCAAACAUGGUCAUGAGAAAGGCUCGAGCUGUUGCAGUAGCUCGAUCAAAAGGCAAUGAGCUUUUCAAGACAGCAAGGUUCUCAGAGGCAUGUGUUGCAUACGGCGAGGGACUUGAGCACGAUCCUUAUAACUCGGUGUUAUUAUGCAACCGUGCUGCUUGUCGUUCAAAACUUGGCCAACUAGAUAAAGCAAUUGAGGACUGUACAGCUGCCCUUAAUGUCCGCCCAUCUUACAGCAAGGCUAGAUUGAGAAGAGCAGAUUGCAAUGCUAAGUUGAAAAAAUGGGAAGCUUCAAUACAAGACUAUGAGAUUUUGAUAAAGGAAACACCAGAGGAUGGGGAGGUAAACUGUGCUUUGUCUGAGGCGCGGGUGCAGCUCAGAAAACAGCGAGGCUAGCAAGAGAGCCUAGACGUGGACAAUGGAAACAAGCCAAUGCAACUAAAUUAGAAGGCAAUAGCCAUGAAAGAAAGUUGCCCUUCUGCAAUUGGAUGGCUCUUGGAGCUCAAGAAGAGACACAGAAAGUGGCAAUUCAUACAAUGUAACACAGAUACGUGGCCCAAUUUUCUUUUAUGUAUACUUGUAUUUGUGCAAUUCUUUCUGGGAAAUGUAUUUGAUAUUGCUUAUAAAAGUUGUCAAAAAAGUACUUGGGAGAAACCCUGAAUUCUUUGUUUCUGCAAGCCGACAUGUUUCCC